UAAGUUAGAUUAGUAUAGAGCAUUUGUAAGGUUAUGUUUUUUCAAGUUUAUUUUUAAACAAUUACUUGUAAUGUUUAUUGAUUAUUAACAAUAAGUACAAUAUAUCAAAUAUAUAAUGAGUAAAAGUAGAGAUAUUUGGUUGCCAAAUGAAGUAGAUAAGUUGUUAGAAUUAUUUAAAGAAGAGCAAAUAGCAGAUCUUAUGGAUUCCAAACAAAGUCGAGUUGACGACGUUUUUAAGUCUUUUGAAAAAAAAUUGAAUUAUCGGGGUGUAGUACGACCUGCUAAACAAAUUAAAAAUAAAUAUAAAAGUUUGAAACAAAGUUACAAUGCUACUCGUCGUGCACUUUCACAAAGCGGUGCUGGUACUUCAGUAAAGUGUCCAUAUUACAAUAAAUUGCACGAAAUAUUUGGACACAGACCAGUCAGUGUUCAAUGUGGAGUAGACUCUGCAAGUAUAGUACAAAAUCAGAAAAAUCAAGCAGUCAUGUCAUUAACUUCUCCAGAUAUUGAGAUGUCUGAUGACAUUUCUGUUUCAUUAGAUGAUGCAGUUCCCAGUUCGUCAAAAGAUGUUGGAUUAUUAUCAAACACAAUAAAACUAUCUAGUCUUCAAAGUAUUACUAUUGAAGAUAAGACUGAUAUCAUAGAAAGCAAUAUAAAUUGCUGUGCAAUUGAAAAUAUUGUGGCUAAUAGCAAUGUAUCUGAUAAUAAUAACAAUUUUGAUAAAAAAAAUGAAACUGAUACAGAAAAAAUUGAAAAAAACAAUUUAAAAAAAAUAAUCAGCGAUGCGAAACGAUCUGUAGUGCCAAAAAAAAAACAAUCAUUUGGUCAAAUAUUUGAUAAGGCAAUCGAUCGUCUAAUAAAUGCCAACAAAGAACAGCUACAAAUGGCAGUAGAUAGCAAUAAUAAAUUAGUACUAGAAAUAAUGGAAAAAAAAAGGAAAUGCUACAAGAGCAAACUCAGUUACUGUUGCAACAUUUAAAUACUAACCAAACUCAUUCAGUUCAACAAAAUUUUCCAAUAUGGAAUUCAAUGCAAUUAACUAGCCAACCUAGAAUAAUAACACAAAAUCAUCAACGACCUCAGUUCGUAAGAAUUCCUGCUAAUAUAAUUGAGCAAGCUCGUAGAUCUUCAUUACCAGUUCCAGCAAUAUCUUUAACUCCUCAUACUACCUCAACUUUGCAGCCAUCAUUAACAUCCGAUUAUAAUGACGAAUCUA